AUGAAAGCCAUCCUCCUAGGAAGCACCGGCUUCAUUGGCAAAGAAGUCCUCAAUCAAUGCCUAGAAACCCCUUCCAUAACUUCCCUUAUCGCGCUCUCCCGCCGCGCCCUUCCUGAAGCAGCCGCAAACCCCAAACUUACCGUGGUUAUCAUGGAGCAUUUCAACUCGUACCCUGACUCCGUUCUAGAGCAGCUGAAAGGUGCGGAUGCUUGUAUAUGGUCAAUCGGAACAUAUAAUUGGGAUCCAGUGGUGGAGAUAGAGUACCCAGAGGCUUUUCAGGAAGCGCUGUUGAGGAUCUUGGAUGUCAAGAAGACGUUCAGAUACAUCUAUCUUGGUGGUGCUUUUACAGAGCCGGACCAAGAGAAGAAUUUGUGGUUCUAUGCUAAAGGACGACAUGUGCGGGGGCUUGCCCAGACAAAUUUCCUGGAAUUUGGAAAGCAGAACCAGAAUGUGAAGACAUAUGCUGUGAGACCGGCGGCAGUUCUGGCAAAAGAUGGAAGUGCUCUGCUGAGAUGUUUGUUAUGGAUGGCUUCAGUAAAGACAGAUGAGCUGGCGGCAGUGAUGGUAGAUCUGGCUGUGAAUGGAGGGAGUGAGCAAGUGGUAGGGCAUAAGGGCAUUGUGGAGAGAGGGAGGGAGUUGACAAAACAGAAGUAG